GUUCUCUUUUGUAAAGUGAAAUCAAUGCGAGGGUAAUUUUCAAUUAAUUGAAAUUACUGUGAGAGCGAGGGAGAGAACUGACAAUGCAAGAUGGCUCAGCACAGACAAUCAAGCAAUCACAGCAACAACUCAAACGGCACGUCGUCCGGUGACCACGUGUCCAUCGGCAUCCGAAGCAAGACGUUUCACGGCAAAUCUUCUCGCUCCCGCCGAUCGGCGCGCUCCGAUAAGUCUGCUCGCCGACUCUCUGUCGCCUCCGUCUCCGUCUUCCUCUUGCUCGUGCUCCUCGUCACUCUCUUAGCCUAUUUUACAUCUCUGGAUAUAACACUGACGAUGCUGUUGUUGAUACUGAUAAGGAAGACACGAUUAGUUACCAUGCUGUGGAUGGUGAUUUGAUGAAUGAAAUUGAUUUUCUUACUAAUGUGACACGGAGGGACACAUUUAAAGUUCUUGGAUUUGGUAAGGGCUCGGUAAUGCAGGGAAGAGAUUCAAGAUAUUGGGAUAAGGAUGAUAGGAGAAGGGAUGAUAAUUACAAUGAGGAUGAAGUAGAACGUUCUAGCACGGCUGCAAAGGGUGGAAGUAAUAAUAUGGGCCAUGUUCUUGUGAAAAUGGUGAAUGGCAACAAGAAGAUUUCUCAUGAUGAUCCACAUAAGGGUUUAGAUGGAAAAGGAGUUGAUUUGUAUAACGAAGCUGGGCGUGAUGAAUUGAAAAUAUAUGAAGCAAAAUAUGAAGCAUCCCUAAAGAAUUUGGGCCAAUCAGGAAAUGCCAAAGGAAUAGGAAAUCAACAGUCUGAAGAUAAAGAUUUUGAGAUGCGAAGUGAGGCUAUGGAUGUUGAUGAUGAGUAUGAUAAUAAUGCUGAAUUUCAUGAUACUCAAGUGGAAUAAGAUGAUUCUGGUCAUAACAAAGGGGAUGACUCAGAUUUAGCAAAAAUCCACAUCAGAUUCAUAUGGACUCAUCUGAUUUUCAUGAUGCUCAAAUGAAGGAUCAAGAUUUUCUCAAGGAAGUUGAGGAAACCUCAAAAAAAUCAUUUGCAGACUUCUAUAAAAUCUCAAAAUUUAGGCAAUUCUGAUACACAUCAUCGAGAGGUCUGUAUUAUUGGUGGCAAAUCUACAAAGAGUU